AUGGUGAAGGUAGAAGUUCACAUCGUUUCGAGAGAAGUCAUCAAACCAUCUUCACCUACAGUUGAGCAUAAAAAACCCUACAAACUCUCCCUUUUUGAUCAGCUCACUCCCAUGACUUAUUCACCAGUUAUUUUCUUCUACCCCAUGAACGAUGCCAAUUCCAAUAGUAUCACAAAAACAAGAACUGAUCACUUAAAGAAAUCUCUCACAGAGACCCUUAAUAUCUUCUACCCUUUAUCUGGAAGGGUAAAGGAUAACCUUUUCAUUGAUUCUUUCAAUGAAGGUGUCCCAUUCCUUGAAGCCCGAGUUAAUUGUCGCUUGUCCGAUUUCUUCAAACACUACGAAAUUGAGUCACUGAAUCAUUUACUUCCAUGCCAGCCCUUUACAAAGGAAGACAUGAAUGCACCUCUAAUAGCAGCUCAAGUUAACAUCUUUAAUUGUGGAGGAAUGGCAGUAGCCGGUGCUGGUUCACACAAGAUCGUGGAUGGAGCAACAAGCAGAGCUUUCUUCACAACUUGGACUUCUAUAUCUCGAGGAGAUUACAAUUCUGUUAAACAACCUGAUUUCGAACAGGCAUCAAUCUUUUUUCCACCAAGAAAUUCACUUCCACAAAACCAUUUAUCACUAAUGGAAGGCUUGUGGUUCACUGAAGGAAAUUACAUUACAAGAAGAUUUGUCUUUAGUGGCAAAGCAAUAGCCCUGUUAAAGGAUAUUGCCAUAGCUGGCAAUCCUGAUGCUAACCCAACAAGAAUUCAAGCAUUGACAUGUUUCGUUUUGAAAUGUUGUAUGGCUGCUUCAAGGGCAAUGUCAAGUUCACCAAAACCAUCCAUUUUAGUUGAAGCAGUCGAUCUCCGGUCGCGAACAAAGCCACCCAUGUCUGAUGCUUCCACUGGGGAUGUCAUCUGGUGGGCAACUGCACUUGUCAACCCCAUGGGCAAAAAGACCGAGUUGCCUGCAUUAGUGAAUGUGUUGAGCGAUGCUACUGCACUGUACGAUAGUGAUUACACACAAACUCUGCAAGGUGAAGAUGGGUUUGAAACAUUGUCUGAAUACUGUAACCAGCUAGAAGAGUUAUUUUCACUUGAAAAUCCAGAUAUUUUUGCAUUCACUUGUUGGUCUUAUCUUGGUUUCACGAAGACCAACUUUGGAUGGGGAGAGCCCUUUUGGGUGGGUCAUAUGGGAAAAGUUGGCCCUGCUUUCAGAAAUAUCACCAUGUUUAUAGAAACCAGAGAUGGUAAAGGGAUUGAGGCAUGGAUCACCUUAGAUAAAGAAAGAAUGACGUUAUUGGAACAUGAUCCUGAAUUCCUGGCUUUUGGAUCUCCAAAUCCCAAGAUUUCAAGCCUCUGA